GCAGCCCGGACCUAGCAAUGGACGAUCGAGGCCCACCUGAUUACAUACUGGAGAACGGGGUGACGAGACCGUGCGCCGCUGGCCGCGUCUUAUAAAGCCGUCGCGGUCCCGACGAUAGCUGGAAAGGUGUUGGUCGAGACCGUAUCAGUCUCGAUAAAAGAAUCUGUUCGUUGAUCAACAUGGCAAAGGAGCCCCAAUCUUAUGGCGGCGAAACGUUUUCACAAUAUGGCUAUGAAGCAUCCUCAAGUUCUGACGAUGGAACAAACUCAUCUCUCGACUCUGGCGUUUCUGACCUAGAUAUGUUCGUUGACUCCGGCCCCGAAGUCUGCAGUGACAUCGAGCUAGAAGAUCGCAAGAAAAUGGCCCUUGACGUGUUAGAACGUCACGGAAAAUACUGGGACACCCAGUCGAUCGAUGAUUGGAACCUUCAAUCGGUCAAGUCCGGAAGGUUUAUCAUCAGCGACAAAUCCGCCAGAUUUGCGACGGGGAAUUUCCGCGCCAGGGGGGAACCACUUGUCCUGGAUUUUGUAGAUAGCAGUUACGGAGAGGAUCUCGGCGUUCAGUCUUCGCAUGACUACGUUUGCAUUUGCAUCACCGGAGCAACAUUUUCGUCGCACCUCUUUGAAAAUCUCUCCAAGUCUCUCAAUCCCAAGGCUACCAUCGACGUUCAAUGCGGCGGAUUAAUUGCAUCACCCGCGAAGUCCGAUGACAGUCCUUCCACGGACGAAACCUUGGCCGGAGAACAUGCAGAUAUGAUACAGAAGGUCAAACAUUUGAUGGAGAAAGUUGGGCUUGUGUCUCAAAGCACAAGGACGCGUCGUAUACCCAGCGCAUCAACAGUGGCGCGAACAUUCCAGACUGGAGACCCAUGGAGCUUACCGAGAGUGACAGGCGGCGCGAAUAGGUACCUUUCUACCUGGCAAAUGCUUCACAGAGAAGAAGGCGUGGAGACGUUACUGCACAUUAUUCGAGCCAGCGCGUCGCGAAUGAAGAGACCUAGAGAAGAUUUCAUUGAUGAGGCUGGACCGAAACGACUUCGCUUGUCGGCUGGGAGGCGAGACGUGUGACGGAGAGAUGCGACUCCGUGGGCCUCGAUGCGUAAAAGACCACUCGGUAGAGAAUUAAAGGGGACUAUUUGGAUGCGCUAGCCGAAGUCAGGCGUAGUUAAGGCGUCAUGCCGCAAAGUGUAUGCUACGCCCAAAACCAUAUCUGUAAUUCUAUUCAAGCCGUCUUGCGUGCUGCUGGGCAUUUCCUCUGUGACUUGGGGUGGGGGAGGAGAACAGUAUGCGUAACAUGAUAUUCGAGCGGAAUUGACCUUAUCACCGGCUUGCGAGGCUUCCUGUAGGGCAUACGUGGCAGGUCGGCGAUCUCAUCACAUUGACGGAGGACGUUCUGCGGACGCAGUAGCGGAAGGCCUGGCGCUCUCGCAACAGCGCCGAAGCCUGGACUAGGGCAUCUCGAGCCGAGGCCCAAUCGGGGCAGCCCUGCGGGGUGGGUUGAGGGCAGGCGUGGGCAGCCGGAGCGAGUGACAUUGACCGAGGGGCGCUCGAGCC